UCAAACAAAAGUGGCAAUGACAGAGAGAGAUGGCCUGUGUUACCAGUAUUACUCUUCAACCCAACUGUUGUCGGUGUAAGAGAUUGGAUCAAAUUAGCCAGUGUUUACAGUUAAUCUUCCCUCCAAGUGAGAAUCAUUUGAUCUAAUCAACUUGAUUUUCUGACACUGUGAUGCAUUUAUGUUAUAGGUUAUUGAUCCACAACCCUACAAAUGUAACAACGGAGACAAAAGAGGGUCCUCAAAAGUGAAGAAGAAAGAAAAAAAACUUUAUCUUGAGUUUGAUGAUUAUCUAUCUCUUCAUUCUUUUUCACACAAAACAAUAAUGUUGUUUUUGCUGUUGGUUUCAUUUAUUUAUUACUAUUAGUACAAUAACAGAUGUCGAAUUGAGGCUACUUAUCUUCAUAACCAGAAGCUUUUGUAACUUUAUUUUAGAUGAAGGAAGUUAUACAUUCCCCUGCUUGAAAAUCUAGGGUUUUUGGAUCGCCGGAUUGGAAGAAAUGUUUUAUUCGUUGAAUAAUGGUGGAGUUUUUGUGGGUCUUUUAGUGCUUCUUCUACCAGUUUUCUUUCCUAAUCUAUUUACUCCUUUGGGUCAUGCUUCUCCUUCUAUCUUCUCUGAAUGGAAUACUCCUAAACCAAGGCACUUGCCUCUAUUGAAGGGUGCUUUACAACACAAAACUAAAUACGCACAGCGUUCCGAUCUUUGGUCUCCUCUGGCAAGACAAGGAUAUAAACCAUGUUUUGAUUCUCCAACUACCCAUGUCUUGCCCGAGAAAUCUGAAGGAUAUAUCCAAGUAUUUCUGGAUGGAGGGUUGAACCAACAGAGAAUGGGGAUUUGUGAUGCAGUGGCAGUUGCUAAAAUAUUGAAUGCGACACUAGUUAUUCCACACCUUGAAGUGAAUCCUGUUUGGAAAGAUUCAAGCUCAUUCUCCGAAAUUUUUGACGUGGAUCACUUCAUUGAUGUUCUCAAGGAUGAAAUAUCUAUAGUUAAGGAACUCCCAAAAGAGUAUUCCUGGAGCUCAAGAGAAUACUAUGCUACGGCAAUUCGAGCUACUAGAAUUAAAACAGCUCCAGUUCAUGCUUCAGCUAAUUGGUAUCUGGAAAAUGUAAUACCUGUAUUACAGAGUUAUGGCAUUGCUGCUAUUGCUCCAUUUUCUCACCGCCUGGCAUUUGAAGAGGUGUCAAGGGACAUCCAGCGCUUGCGUUGUAAAGUCAACUUUCAAGCGUUGACAUUUGUUCCUCAUAUCAAAUCGUUAGGAGAUGCUCUUGUCAGUCGCCUUCGAUAUCCAUCUGGAAAGUACCUGCGGCAAAAAACAUCUGAGAUUGAAAGACAAGGAGACGGGAAGUUUGUCGUGCUUCAUCUUCGGUUUGACAAGGAUAUGGCUGCCCAUUCAGCAUGUGACUUUGGUGGGGGUAAAGCUGAAAAGCUUGCUCUGGCUAAAUACCGCCAAGUACUCUGGCAAGGAAGGGUGCUAAACUCUCAGUUCACUGACGAGGAACUAAGAAACCAAGGACGUUGCCCAUUAACCCCUGAAGAGAUUGGAUUACUUCUCACAGCUUUGGGCUUUGACAACAGUACUCGGCUCUAUCUCGCUUCCCACAAGGUCUACGGUGGUGAAGCAAGAAUCUCAACAUUGCGCAAGCUGUUUCCAUUCAUGGAAGACAAGAAAAGCCUUGCAUCUGCAGAGGAACGUGCCAACAUUGAUGGCAAGGCCUCGCUACUAGCUGCGCUUGAUUACUAUGUGAGCAUGAAGAGUGACAUCUUCAUAUCAGCUUCACCCGGAAAUAUGCACAAUGCCUUGGUGGGACACAGAACUUACGAGAACCUAAAAACAAUAAAGCCAAGCAUGACAUUAUUGGGCCAGCUCUUCUUGAAUAAGAGCAUGGGAUGGUCCGAGUUCCAGCAGGCAGUCCAGGAGGGGCACAGAAACAGGCAAGGACAGAUUAGGUUGAGGAAGAAGAAGCAAUCUAUUUAUACAUAUCCAGCUCCCGACUGCAUGUGCCAGGCUUAAGUACUUAACCCUAUUCCACUGUUUAGGUACCAACAUUUGUGUGGGAUCCAUCCAUUAUUGUCGCCUAUUUUUUCUUUGGCUUGUAUGUAAUUGAGAUCCACCGAGGACGUGCAAUGUAUAUCAUAUUAUAAACUGGUGUUAUUUAUACUUCUAAAUUCUAAACUCCUGAUCACCCAUUCACAAUGUUCA